CGCGUCGGUGGGCUCUAGAGGAGGCUCAUGUUGUCUCUCCGCAGGAAUGACGAGCCUCGAUCCACUCUUCGUCGACAGGCACGCGCGGACAGUGAGACUGAAAAUAUUCAUUUGAUGGAAAUAAAGAGGAUACGAUCGAUCAAUUCCGAACAAACACAGGAGGACGUCGCCAAACUGGACAUUGUCGAGACAAAAGAAGAUUUCUGAAGGACCUGUCCUCUUACACUCCAAAGCUGACGUCUCCUGUAUGAGUGUAUCUACAUAUCCAGUGGCAAAUAAUUUUCUAGAUGUGUGUCGUGUUUGUCAACAAACUGCGUGUAAUAAUGGCAAUCUGAUUAUGCUUCGAAGAAAAUGACUGAUGCUUUGAUCGAAAAAAACGCUUAAAAUGUGACCGUUCCAGUGAGCCUCGAUCCCUCCACUUUUUGUCGGAUUUGAGGAGGCGUCCACUGGGAAUCAGGGCAGUGUAUGUGUCUCGUUUUGGAGAGAGGAGGGAGUGUGCGCGCUGGAGCUGUCCUUUCAGAACCACACACACACAUCUGCCACCAGCGGUGCACCACAAGCCAUCAGCCUCGCACCUUCUCCGGACUUCAUGGUGCGGAGCCCAAAUUCAUGACAACCUCUGCAUUCAUUUAACGUCUUUAUUUUGUCAUUUUCUCUUGGCAUCUGGAGGCAAUCCCUUAUUCACCUGACAAGAACCUCAAGCGCUCAUGAAGCGAUUUCCUGCAGUUGAGCUGCCUUUGCGCACCUGUUUUUCUCCGUACAUUCUGUUCACUCUCUUUUUUCCGUUGCCUGACAAUUGUGCACAUGCAUCCUCCGGGACUUUCAGCGUUGUAAUGCCUGGCCCGGGCUCGAGACAUGCCUAAGCGACGAGAUGGGCCAGGGCGACGAGAAAGACCGUGUUGUGAUUAACGUGGGAGGGAUUCGACACCAGACCUACCGCAGCACCUUGCGCACUCUCCCCGGCACGCGUUUAGCCUGGCUUGCUGAGCCCGAUGCCCACAGUCACUUCGACUAUGACGCCCAGAUCGACGAGUUUUUCUUUGAUCGCCACCCUGGAGUUUUUGCACAUAUUCUCAAUUAUUAUAGGACUGGCAAGUUGCAUUGCCCCGCUGAUGUUUGUGGCCCUCUUUAUGAGGAAGAACUGGCCUUCUGGGGCAUCGAUGAGACAGAUGUGGAGCCCUGCUGCUGGAUGACGUACCGGCAGCACCGGGAGGCCGAGGAGGCACUGGACAGUUUCGGUGGAGGGCCAGCUGAAAUGGGCAACGAUGAGAUGGACACAGAAGGUUUAGGUGAUCCAGGGGAUGGAGACGAGGAACUUGAGAUGACUAAACGCCUUGCCCUCGGCGACUUACCUGACGCAAAAAGUGUAGGGUUGUGGCAACGUUGGCAGCGUCGUGUUUGGGCGCUCUUUGAAGAUCCAUAUUCCUCUAAAUAUGCAAGGUGGGUGGCAUUUGCCUCGCUGUUCUUCAUACUGGUUUCCAUAACCACAUUCUGCCUGGAGACACACGAGGCAUUCAACCCCAUCAUUAACCGCACAUAUAUUAACCCUGUAGACAACAGCUCCAGGUUCCACUUGGAGACAGAGACGGUGGUCUACCUAACCUACAUCGAGGGAGUGUGUGUGGUGUGGUUCACCUUUGAGUUCCUCAUGCGUGUUACCUUCUGUCCAGACAAAAAGAAAUUCAUCAAAAACACCCUAAACAUCAUAGACUUUGUGGCCAUCCUGCCGUUUUACCUGGAGGUGGGCCUGAGUGGACUGUCUUCUUCUGAAGCGAAGGACGUUCUGGGUUUCCUCAGAGUGGUGCGAUUUGUUCGGAUCCUCCGAAUCUUCAAGCUGACGCGACACUUUGUGGGCCUGCGUGUACUGGGACACACUCUCCGCGCCAGCACCAAUGAGUUCCUCCUGCUCAUUAUCUUUCUUGCGCUCGGAGUGCUCAUCUUCGCCACCAUGAUCUACUACGCCGAGCGAAUUGGUGCCAAUCCCAAUGACCCACGUGCCAGCGAACACACCCAUUUCAAAAACAUCCCCAUUGGCUUCUGGUGGGCUGUUGUGACUAUGACCACACUGGGCUAUGGAGACAUGUAUCCUCAGACUUGGUCAGGCAUGUUGGUGGGCGCACUGUGUGCUCUGGCGGGUGUGUUAACCAUCGCCAUGCCUGUGCCUGUCAUCGUCAAUAACUUUGGGAUGUACUACUCUCUAGCCAUGGCUAAGCAGAAGCUACCAAAGAAAAAGAACAAGCAUAUUCCUCGUGCGCCUCAGCUGGGCUCACCGAAUUACUGUAAGUCUGCCAUGAACUCGCCCCACCACAGCCCACAAAGUGACCACUGCGCUCUUGCUGCCCAAGAGGAGAUUUUAGAAAUGAACAGAGCAGAUCCCAAAGUGAAUGGUGAGGCAGCUAAAGCAGCGCUGGCCAAUGAAGAUUGUCCCCACAUAGACCAAGUCAUUUCCCCUGAGGACGGCCAGAUCUUUAACUCAAGCGAGCCACGAGGAGACACUCCGUGUUUUCUGCUAAACGUCGGCAGACGAUCCACAAACACGGGCACCCGAGUGAGAAAGGAGGCUUCUCGGCAGGGCCGGCACAAACCGCCUGCAGACUCUGUGUGUGUCAUGAAUCGUGGUGUUCCAACCACUGUGUGCAUGGCCCAGAACACCCCUCCCACUUCUUGAUAGCGCUCUAUAAGUCUGUUUGUUGUACACGAAUGGGUGGAAGACCCCUUUCUACACAUUUAAAUGUAUUUCAACAGGACUUAUUUUGUGGUCUGUGGCGGAUAGUACUGUUAACUUGUAGUGGUGGUGUGUAAUAUGUGUAUUUGAGUGCAUGCGUGUUAAAUAUGUGUGUGUUUUUGUACGUGUGUCUGUACUGUAAAUAUGCUUUUUGUGUUGCCCACGCUUGCGACUGAAUAUUUAGAGUAUCUAGUGUAAUCUUUACAGGGUUAUAAGGUCAAACCUAUCCAAUAACUUGUGGUGAAUCACAACUAAUAUUCACAAAGCUGCCUUUAAAUUAGAUUGAGCUCAAACUAAUGAUGUUGUUCUCUGUUGUGCUGCUGCUGUAAGUCAUCAGUUGCCUUUGUUUGCUCUUUGCACUUUUACAGUAAACUUUUACAUUCCGGGGCUCAACAAUAAGAACUCUUUGAAAAUAUAUGAAUUCAUUUCCUUACAUCAAAAUUUACAACAAAUACAUUAUUAGGUUUUUAAAUGUUUUAUAAAAGGGGUUGAAAUUCUAUCAUUGUUUAUGCCACCUUAUGUUGUUCCAAAUUGAUGGCGCAAUUUCAUCCUAUGGAACAUGAUAGAAGAUAGAAUGUUCAUUUCUCAUUGACUCAUACUGUAUUUUUGUCCAUACAGUGGUUGUCAAUGGGAAAUGGGUUUCUAAUAUUCUUCAUAAUAUGUUCUGCUGAAGAAAGAAAUGCAUACAGGUUUUGAGCAACAUCGAGGGUAAAUUGUAACAGAAUUUUAAUUUUUGUGUGGACCAAUUUUUAAAGAAAUUUCAGUUUGUUAGUAAGACAAAUAACCUUGAUCUUGGUGGCCUUUUCCAACAGAUUUUGCAAACCUUUUCUAUGUAUUUCUGUAUAUAGGGAUCAAUAAACACUGACAAUAUAGCUUUGGUCUGACUGAUCAUCUGACAACUGAGGCAAACCCCUGAGCCCUUAUUGUUGAGCCCUGUAUUUGCUUGGUUUAUAAAUGUUAGUGGACAAAUUGUAUGUAUUUAUAAUGUUCUUAAUUCCAUUCUAACUCUUUCUUUCCUUGAACCCAGCAAGGACAUCAGUAUACUCCAGUGAAAGCAAGUGGUUAUUUAAAUGGAGUGAGAUUUUAACCAGAAAGUGUCAAAACACAUUGAUGUGUUCUUUUAAAAUCAUUUAAAAACUGACAUCAGAAUAUCUAUAUCCAGUUAGUUUGGAGUUAACUCACUGCCAAUGAGUAAGACAUGUUUUUACUGAGUUUUUCAAAUCUACAGUUGAAGAAACCAGAUUAAGAAGUAGCAAUACUUACUAAGAAUCUUUGUUGCAAAUGUUGUAUUGAAUGAGACUUUAAUUCUCUCAAAUGGAUUUCAAAAUAGAUAACAUUUUGUUAUCACUAAACUAAACUAAAACAGUACAUUUAAUACAAUCUUAAAUUUUCACAAGUAAAAACCAUCUGCCUUUUAAUUAUUAUUUUUUUACAUUAUAGCAUAAGGCUACACUUUUUUAGAUUGAGUGGUUCACUUUAAACCGAAGAGAAGCUCACAGAUAAAUGUAUUUUUAUUUUAAAGGGGUCAUGAACUUAGAAACCAAAUUUCCAUUCCUCUUUGCACAAAUAAGAGAUCAUUGUAGUAUAAAAACAUCUUGUACCUUUCAAAACUCAAAACUCUCGUUAGUCUAAAAACAGCUUAUAUUGAAGGCAGUCUGCCAAAACGACAGCUUGUGGAAUGUACAACUCUAUGAUGCAAUAGUGUGGAUAAGCACUGCCUCCGCAGAAGAAGAUCAACGCCUGCUUCUACAGCGCUGCCUAUUUUGUCCUGCCCACCGUUUCAUGCACAUGUAGUGUUAAUGAGAGAGGUGAAUGCGCAGAUCUAUGCAGAAACCAAACAAUAAAGAUGCUCCAAAAACAAGAGGCUGUGCAGUGCAAAGUUGUGGAAAAAAACUUUGCAUUGCUUUUAUUCUGAUCCAAACAUUUGGAAAGAGUGGAUGAACUUUAUU